UCGGGGCCAUGCCCCGCGGGCGCCCCAAGGACCCGCAGCGCCCCCUGCCCGGCCCGGGGGGCGCGGGGGAAUGAGCCGGCGGCCCCGCGCCGCCGAGCCCUCGCCGCCCGCCCGGCGGCGGAACGAGACCCACGUUAAGGUGGACCGAGGGAAUCCCUUCUGGCGCAGGGGGCCGGCGGCGGACGGGCAGCGGGGAAGCAGGCGGCGGCGGUGGGCACCCAAAGUGCCCCGACACCCCCCUCCUCCGCCUCCCCUGCCGCCCGUCCGCGGCUGGCUCCCUGCGCGGCGCCGCCCUCCCCGCCGUGCUCCCUUAAGAGCUCUGUCUUUUACGGUGGCGCUGGAGGGUCAAAAAAAAGGGGGGUUAGUGGGGAGCGGAGCCCCCCGUCCCGGGCACGGCGACACUGGGGACCUGCGGGAGCGUGACGGCCACCCCUGGUGGACAGCCCUGGUGACGGAUCUUCGUUCUUCCCGUAAGCGCCCGGAGACAGUAGGGUGGGCAGCAGUGGUUGCUCCGUGCCCGCAUGCAGCCGUCCCAGUGCUGCCUCGGGGUUUGGAGGAGGGUCAGGUCCUCGCAGGAGAUCGGCUGCCGCCGGUCCCGCUGCGCCCCUCCUUCCCUCCGAGUGGCAGCGACAACCCACCCGCCCGCCGAGCGCUCGGGUGUCCCAGUGAGAUCCGGACCGCCUCUGAAAAUAGUGCCGGGAGAAGCAGCGGAUUCCCGGGCAGGGGGCAGGGGAGCCCGCCGGCGAAGUCUGGAUGCGGUGCCAGCCUUGCCCCGGGACAGCAAACCGUGAACGCGGGUGGGAGCCGCGUCCCAUCGCCGGCUGAAGUCGGGGGUAGCCAGAGAAGAUACGGGGAACAGCGGAAGGCCGAGGGCGGGCGGGGGGAGGGGGGGGCCGGGAUACCGCCAGGGCCGGGACCCCGGGAGCGGUCGGAGAAGCGAGCGGCGGUACCGGGAACGCGCCGGUAGCGAAGGAGAGAGCGCGGCGGCUGCCGCCAGCCAGGUCUGCUUUCCCUCUCACAAACGAGCCUCAAAGUUUGGAGAACUCUGUUUUCUUUUUAAAUAACCCGAUCUAACUUUUCUCCCUUUCCCCCCCCCCCUCCCCGCCCCCCGCCAAAUUUGAUAAAGCUCAGCAGUGUGGAAGUUAACGUUCUUACAUUGAAGUUAACGUUUUCCGCCAGCUAUUGAAUAACUGAAUAAUGUUUUGUUCUUACCUUUGAUGUUGAACUACGAAUGCCCGCGGAUCAAUGGCCAGAAAGUUAGAAGAAUUGGUGAUUUAGGACUUCAGUACUUCUGGAAAAAAAAAAUGCCAAUGGUUUAGCCAGGAUCUUCCCUGUCUGAUUCGUUACUAUUAUUAUAUCUGAUGAUGUGGAUGGAUGGAGAGACUCAAUCCAAGCCCAUUAAUGAGGUAUUUUAUAAACACCACCGUCUGAAGAUCUUCAUUUACAUUUUGUCAGUGAUCCUUUCCUUAACAGCGGAGACGUGUGGUGACAGCACGAUUACAGGACUUUAGUAAAGCUCCUAUAAGAGUACAACCGGCUUGUUAAUCGAUUAAUAUUUUAUUAAGUGUAAAUAUUUUAUAAAGUUUUUAGGAAAACUAUCGAUUGUAAAUUAUUGAACUAGUCAGAAGGGCAUUUGAAUAAUGCAUACAAUUAAAUACAUUUAAAUAUAUAUGUAGCGAUUGCUUCAUUUGCAAUGAAUCCCCUGUACCUUUCUUUUGCUUUCGUUUUUUUUCUCCACCGGCUGCUGGUUUCUCAUUUCGGCGUUCACUGGAUUAUCAGGAUUACCGAAUAUGUAUUUAGUCCGUAUUUAUAAACUGAAUAUUUACAUAAAAUACUCAGAGAAAAUAACUUUGAAAUCGGGAGCCGUAAUAAUUUGAAAAUUUUGACACGGAAGGAAAGGGGCUUGUUAGUGAAACCGAGGGAAACGUAACCGAGUUCGUAUAAAUGUUGUUUGUUAACUUCUGUUUUGUAAACAUCACUUAAUUUAUACGGAUUUUAUGAAGUAUGAUGCUUGUUUUUCUUCUACAGAUUUUUCCCAAUAAAAGACUUUUCUCUCUGUUUCGAAUUACAAA